GGCAGGCAAACUCGCUGCGUUUUAUGCUCAUUCAACGACAAGAAUCUUCGCUGACGUGAUGAAAAGUGCAAACGUGUAAAAAGUAGUAAAGCCACUGGCUCAUCAUUUGCACCGUUGAACACAUAGUAGAGAAAUAAAAUCAUUAUCGUGAGAAACACAAUGAAACAUUAUCAAUUGCUGCUGUUGGGAGCGUUCCUGCUCAUCGGUUCGGCUUUUGCUGAUCUCGAGUAUGGCGAGCCUACAGUUGAGACAGUGGAGAUGGAUUUGGGCGCUGCUAAGGAAGGUUCCAGAACAGACGAUGAAGUCGUCAAGAGGGAGGAGGAAGCCAUCAAAUUGGACGGUUUGAACGUGGCGCAAAUGAAAGAACUGCGCGACAAGUCCGAAAAAUUCACAUUCCAAGCUGAGGUCAACCGAAUGAUGAAACUGAUCAUCAAUUCCUUAUACCGCAACAAAGAAAUUUACUUGCGUGAAUUGAUCUCAAACGCCUCAGAUGCUCUGGACAAAAUCCGCCUUCUCUCCCUCACAGAUAAAGGCGUCCUCGACACCAAUCCCGAACUCAACGUGCGCAUAAAAUCCGACAAAGAAGCGAAUAUGUUGCAUAUCACCGACACAGGCAUCGGCAUGACCAAACAGGACCUCAUCAACAACCUGGGCACAAUCGCCAAAUCCGGCACGGCUGAAUUCCUAAGCAAAAUGCAAGACGCCGACUCCGCCAAAGACAUGAACGACAUGAUUGGCCAAUUCGGCGUCGGUUUCUACUCUGCUUUCCUCGUGGCUGACAAAGUCAUCGUCACCACCAAACACAACGACGAUAAACAAUACAUCUGGGAGUCGGACGCGAACAGUUUCAGCAUUGUGGAAGACCCACGUGGAGAUACACUCAAACGCGGCACAACCAUCAGUCUACAACUCAAACCGGAAGCCAAGGACUUCCUGGAAGUGGACACCAUCCGGAAUCUGGUAAAGAAAUACUCACAGUUUAUUAAUUUCCCGAUUUACAUGUGGGCUAGUCAUACGGAAAGCGUCGAGGAGGAAAUCAGCGAAGAUGAAACAGAAAAACCAGAAACCGAAAGUGAAGAGGAGGAAGUUGCUGUUGAAGAGGAGAAAGAAGAUAAACCGAAGACCAAGAAGGUUGAUAAGACCAUCUGGGAUUGGGAGUUGUUAAACGACUCGAAACCCAUCUGGACCCGGAAACCUGCUGAAGUAGAAGAGGCGGAAUAUAAUGAAUUCUACAAAGCACUCACAAAAGACACAAAAGAUCCUUUAACAAAGGUACAUUUCGUAGCUGAAGGUGAAGUCACUUUCAAAUCACUCCUGUACGUUCCACAAGUCCAACAAGGUGAAAAUUUCAACCGAUACGGAACAAAAACAGAUAAUAUCAAGCUCUACGUCCGCCGAGUUUUCAUCACCGAUGAAUUUAAUGAUAUGAUGCCUUCCUAUUUGUCAUUUAUCCGCGGUGUGGUUGAUUCCGAUGAUUUACCUUUGAAUGUCUCGCGUGAAACUCUCCAACAACACAAAUUAAUCAAAGUCAUCAAGAAGAAACUCGUCCGGAAGGUGUUAGACAUGUUGAAGAAGCUAAACGAUGAAGAUUUCGCUAAGUUCUGGAAGGAAUAUUCCACAAAUGUCAAAUUGGGUAUUAUUGAAGACCCUAGCAACAGAUCCAGGUUAUCUAAACUCUUAAUGUUCCAUUCUUCUAACGGUGAUGAACUUACAAACCUCGCUGAUUAUGUAAAACGCAUGAAACCCAAACAGGAUCAUGUAUAUUACAUCGCCGGAUCUAACAAAGAUGAAGUUGCCAAGUCUCCAUUUGUUGAGCGUUUGUUAAAGAAAGGUUAUGAGGUUUUAUACUUGGUUGAAGCUGUUGAUGAGUACGCGAUCUCAGCGCUACCAGAAUUCGACGGGAAAAAGUUCCAGAACGUCGCUAAAGAGGGCUUCUCACUGACUGAGAGUGAAGGAGGUGCUUUACAACUGGAACAAUUGAAGACUACAUUCGAGCCGCUUACAAAAUGGCUGGCUGAGGAUGCGUUGAAGGAUGACGUUGCUAAAGCGAUGGUGAGUGAACGUCUGAGUGACUCGCCAUGCGCAUUGGUGGCGAGUAUGUUUGGAUGGACAGGUAAUAUGGAACGUUUGGCUGUUUCCAACGCACAUCAAAAGUCGGAUGAUCCUCAACGUACUUAUUAUUUGAAUCAGAAGAAAACUUUGGAGAUUAAUCCACGACAUCCAUUGAUGCGUGAAUUGUUAAGGAGAGUUAAUGAUGAUCCAGCGGAUCCUACGGCUAAGGAUAUGGCGAAGAUGAUGUUUAGAACUGCGACGUUGAGGUCUGGAUAUAUGCUGCGUGAAACUUCGGAGUUUGCGGCUAGUAUUGAGGCGAUGAUGCGUAAGACUCUGGGAGUUUCGCAGGAUGAGCAAGUGGAGGAGGAUGAGGAUGUGCCAGAGGAUGGUAUUCCCGAUGAGGAGGGUCAGGAGAUUGAUGCGGAGGAGGGCACCAAUGAGGACCAUGACGAACUUUAAGCGCACGCACGCCGGUUUGCAUCGAAUGCACGCGGGUUGAAUGAGUGUUAAUAUUUUUUAAAAAGACUGUAAUUAUGAUGAUUCUAAUGUAAUUUAUAAUAUUAUACGAGUUGUGUCGUAA